AUGGCAGACGCAGACUUCACCUUGGCGACCGUAACCGGCCCGAUCCGUUUGCUCGGGCGGGGCGCUUUUGGAGAAGUCUUCUUGGUUGGCACAGCGUCAUCACAGGCUGCUGCGCAGCAUGGGGCUUUCUUAGCCACGAAGCGUGUUCGCUUGAAGAUGUCAGAUGCCGGAUGGGGCAAGGCAAUGCUUGAAGCGGAACUUCUGUGGAGUAUGAGCAAGGAAAGCCCAUACAUUCUUCGUUGCUAUGAUUUCCGUAUGUUGCAAGAACCGGUUCCCAUGCUGGAGCUGUUGUUGGAGUUUGCCGCGCUAGGCGAUCUUUGCCGGCGGUUGCGGCAGUGUAGGGAGGCUGGCUCCGGCUGUCAAUUGCCUCAACCUGAGAUGCUGAGCUACACGCUGGAUGUUGCACAGGGUUUGGCCUUUUUGUGGCUUGGCAGAAUUGAGGGAGGUGGGUCCCAGGUUUUUUUUUUCCUAGGGUUGGCUCGGCUUGGGCUCUGGAGUUAG